AUGCAAGGUAUAAAGGGCGACACGACCAUAGUGGAAGCAUCGGGUGAGGACGUCAACACGCUCAGAGAAGCACGACGAAAUCUUCGGUGUCUUGAAGAAAAGGUGGCCAAACUCGACAAGCACCAACAGAAACUCGCUGAAGGAAUAGCUUUUGCGGAGCCGUACCUGAAGACCUUGGUUGAAUAUGGGGAGGCGCGCCGGAAGAAACAUGAAGGUGGACAAUCCAUUACCGAAUGGGAUAUGUAA